UUACUACCCAGCAUCAUAUCUCUCUCCCCGCCUUAUCUUCCACCGGGACUACCGCUUCCCCCUCAAUGCUCCCCCGCGCCUCCCUCUCCGGCUUCCUCCCCCGCCGCGUCUUCUCCCUUACUGCUACCAGAAUGGCUUCUACCUCCGCAACCCCCGUCGAAGAUCUCAUCCGGGAGAAGCUCACAACCGCCUUCACCCCCUCCACCCUCGUCAUCCGCAAUGACUCGCAUCUGCACGCACAUCAUAACGCCAUGCGCGGAUCGACUUCGAAAGAGACCCAUUUCCAUGUGACGAUCACAUCGCCCUCAUUCCAGUCGAAGCCCCAGCCUGCGCGCCAUCGUAUGGUCUAUGGUUUGUUGAAGGAGGAGAUGAGUCGCGAGGGUGGCAUCCAUGCGCUGCAGCUUCGGACGAAGACGCCGGAGGAGGAACAGCGGGAGGAGGAGAGGAAGGCGGCGAAGGCUUGAUACAAUAUACAGCAUGUACUAGAUACAGGAAGGGUUGAUGUUCUUUCAUUUGACUUGAUCUGCGAUACCCAUGAAUAAAUGCAUUAU